AUGGGGAUCUCUGUGUCAUUUGACGAGUUGCUUGCCACAUUUGUACCUGUGUUAGUAUAUUGGAUCUAUUCAGGGAUUUUUAUGAUUCUGGGAGAUAUGAACAACUAUAGGCUUCAUAGUAAGGCUGAGGAAGAAACCAAGAAUUUGGUCUCCAAGACAACCGUUCUCAAAGGCGUCCUCCUGCAACAAUCCAUUCAUGUCUCUCUUUCCCUUCUCUUCUACACGAUCAAGAGCAACGAUGGUUCCAACUCUCCUCAACAGUCUUCCAUGGUGGUAUUCAUUCUUCAGAUUUUUGUUGCCAUGGUGGUGCUCGAUACAUGUCAGUAUUUCACCCAUAGACUGAUGCACAUCAACAAAUUCUUGUACAAGCACAUUCACUCUCAACAUCACACGCUUAUUGUCCCAUACGCAUUUGGGGCUCUAUACAACCACCCUCUUGAGGGCCUCUUUUCCGACGGCGUGGCCGGAGCCAUCGCCGUCGCCGUCUCUGGAAUGAGUCCUCGUGUCGCCACCGUCUUCUUCUCGUUCACCACCAUCAAAACCGUCGAUGAUCAUUGCGGAUUGUGGCUUCCAGGAAACUUGUUUCAUCUGUUUUUCACAAACAAUAGUGCAUUUCAUGAUAUACAUCAUCAGCUCUAUGGUUUGAAGCGCAACUUUUCUAAUCCUUACUUUGUGACUUGGGAUAAGUUACUGGGGACUUACAUGCCUUUCAAGCUUGAGAAGAGAGAGAAAGGAGGAUAUGAGGCACGGCCAAUAGCUCAUUCAAAGAUCAAUUGA